GACGCCAGCAGGCGCAUCCCCUCAAUCGUCCCGGGGGCCGCUACGGCGCCCCCUGCCGAGCACCGUGUGAUGCAGGUGCCGGUGCCGGCGCCACCGCCUCCCUCUUCGUUCCCUUUUCUCUCCCUUUUCCCUCCCCGGCGUCCGGCGGCGGGAGCCAGGGGGAGCCCGGGAGCAACGGCAGCCCGGCGGGCAGCGAGCCCGGCAGGCAGGCGGGGUCCCCCGCCCGCCCGCGCUGACGUCAGGAAACUUUCUCCGCGGCUGAGGCGGGAGCGGAGCGGUCGCCGGCUCGGCUCGACUCCGGGACGGUCUGGCGGUCAGCUCGCCCAGUGCCUCAGAAACUAUAAAGCAGCAGUAACAAAGGUACAGAAAUGUUGACAAAUGAGUGAACUGUUCCACCUGAGAACUAGUGUCUGCUUUUCACGUUGGCAAGAAAUUUGAAUGCAGAAGGGUAGGCUUGUGAAGUUAAGCUCUCAAGGAAGAUCAAGAAAGCAGUUGCAUUUCAUGCAGAAUGGCCUUUUGACAUUUUGUUGGGUUCAAGUGAGGGAAAAUAAACCAGAUCUAGAAACAUUGUUGACUGAAUAGAUUUUUCACCAUGAAUCGUGCUUUUAGCAGGAAGAAAGACAAAACAUGGAUGCACACUCCUGAAGCCUUAUCAAAGCAUUAUAUUCCCUAUAAUGCAAAGUUUCUUGGCAGUACAGAAGUGGAGCAGCCAAAAGGCACAGAAGUUGUAAGAGAUGCUGUUAGAAAAUUAAAGUUUGCCAGACAUAUCAAGAAAUCUGAAGGCCAGAAGACACCCAAAGUUGAGUUACAAAUUUCAAUCUAUGGCGUGAAAAUUCUCGAUCCUAAAACAAAGGAGGUCCAGCACAACUGUCAGCUCCACAGGAUAUCAUUUUGUGCCGAUGAUAAAACUGACAAGAGAAUAUUUACUUUCAUAUGCAAGGACUCAGAAUCAAAUAAGCAUCUGUGCUAUGUAUUUGACAGUGAGAAGUGUGCGGAGGAGAUAACUUUAACAAUUGGUCAAGCCUUUGACUUAGCUUACAGGAAAUUUCUGGAAUCUGGAGGAAAAGAUGUUGAAACACGGAAACAAAUUGCAGGUCUACAGAAAAGAAUUCAAGAAUUAGAAACUGAAAAUGCAGAACUGAAAAAUAAAGUUCAAGAUUUGGAAAACCAGUUAAGAAGAACACAAGUACAUGCAUCUCCACUGCUGCACGUAAAGUGUGAUAAUGAUGAACAUAUGUUUCAAAGACCCUCUACUUUUUUCUGGUGUAACAAUGAGGAUUCACCUCCUUGUUUAGAUAUCUCUUCCAUUACGCUUACUCCUAGGAGUUCUCCUGACUCUAGACUACCACCUGGAUUGUUAAUACCACCACCUUCAAAAAGUGGUCUUCCAAAGCCAGCCAGUGAAUUCAGCUGCCCAAGACCUCGUGCAGGCAGUGUGACACCUAAAUCACCCUCCACUGACAUCUUUGAUAUGGUUCCCUUUUCUCCCAUAUCCCCUCAAUCAUCAACACCUACUCGCAAUGGUACACAGCCUCCUCCUCCAGUACCCAGUAGAUCUACAGAGAUCAAGAGAGACCUUUUUGGAGCAGAACCUUUUGACCCUUUUAGCUGCGGAGCAGGAGAUUUCCCUCCAGACAUUCAGUCCAAACUAGAUGAGAUGCAGGAGGGGUUCAAAAUGGGAUUAACUCUUGAAGGCACAGUAUUUUGUCUUGACCCACUAGACAGCAGGUGCUGAUGCCAAGAAACCCAAUGUGAAAUUCCUACGCAGUGUUAUUUGGUUGGUUUGGGUUGUUUGGGGGUUGUUUGUUUUUUUCCUUUAAUUCUGAACAUGUACUCACAGGUCUCCAUGUGCCAAAAAUUGCUUGCCUUUUUUUUUUUCCAACAUGUAAAUUCUUGUGAGGUCUGCUUCUGUAAAAAUCCAACUUAGUUCCAUUCUUUCCCUGUACAAAUGUAAAGAAAAAAAAAAAAGGAGUUGUAUUUGUUUAUGAGAUAUGAAUUAAAUGACACUGUCGUGUUUCUUCCUGUCACAUUUUGGCCCAAGUUUGCUACACUUUGUGACUCUUAGCCUGCAGAAGUUCUUCAGAAAGCUCAUUCUCCUUGCAAGCAUGAUUUCAAAUGAAUACUUUACCUGGCAGCAUUUUGAACUUAAUGCUUUCAAGCCCUUAUUUAAUAUUCAUGCAGUAAAAUAAUUAAUAUCGAGCACAAAACAGUUCCCAUUUUGGCGUGAGAGCUGAAAAAUGCUAGCCACAAGUAUGCUUUGAAGCUAAAUCUGGAUGCCAUGUAAUUGGUUUCCAUUACUGUCUACGGUUACUCUACUGUAUAUACAUUAUUACUUUAUACAGCCAACAGAUUUUUAGCUCUUUUAAUUCGUGUUUGAGAAGCUAACAAAUUGUGAUCUGCUAAUUAGCCAUUUAUGAGCAUAGAACACCUGCUAAAUUGCAGAAUGGACACAGUGACUGCCUUUUGUUUUGGUACUUUAUAGCUGAACUGCAGAGUAUGUGAUUCAGUAUUCAUGACAUGAUAACCAUGACUUAAAAAGAAUAUUAGGGACUCGAAUUUACUUAGGAAUAUGCAUCACUGUGUGUGUAAGCACUCUUUACCGGGCUCAGCUCUCUAAGUUACCUGCAACAUCUGAGUGUUUGCAGUCAGACUCUUGAAUAUAUUUUUUCCCUGUUCUGAUGUUCUGUGUCUUACUUCAAUUUUUAAGCUUGCUUCAAGAAGUCAAUAUUAGUAAGUCCUUCAUGCCCCCUUCUCAUUCCUAUUGCCCCACACACCACGAUGUUUGGCUGCUGCUGAGUCUGACUCUGGCCUGCCUAUGCAUGCUCCCCGUUAAUCUUUAACAUGAGCAAUAAAAUACCAUCCUAGAACUGUCUCAGAAAAUAAUCAUUAGCCUUUGGAUGCCCAAACUCGACAUCACUUCAAUUAAAACACUUCCAAAACACUUUAAGAUUUUUCCUCUUCAAGUGAACAGAUGUAGAAACCCCCCCAAAUUCCAGAUGAUUUUUUUUCCUAUUUUCAUUAGAGUUUUGGGGGUUUUUUUGCAACACUUAAUAUUUUUACUCUUAACAGUUAGACUUUAUACCAAAAAUGUGGUUUGCAAGUUUGUCAUCACAUCUGUGUCUGUAUCUUUAUGUAUAUCCUUGUUCAACAAAGUACUUCUGCAUAUACCUUUGGAGUCCCAUGGAACACAUGGGGUUAUUCCUUUGCUGAGUUUGACAUAUGCUCAGGUACUGUGCUGAAUGGGGGCCUUAAUGUCCUACAUGACAUUAGUCUUCCCCUCUCUCCCUCUGUGUUCAACAUUCAUAUAGAGUAUUAUAUAUAAAUAUAUAUAAAUAUAAAUAUAUAUAAAAUCACUAACUAAUAGAGUAGUAUAUGUUUCAUAAAGAAAAGUCUUUAUAAUUUUGUUGGUCACAUAGUAUUUUGGACUUUGUACAACGAGGAUGUUUAGUAGCCACAGCAAUGGCCCUUUUUUUAACAAAUAGAAUUUGUAUUUUUCUUGUACUUUCCAAAAGCUUUGCCUAACGAAGCAUCUAUUUAGCGGCCACUUGUUAUCGACGGUAACACUCCAGAGAUAAUAUUUGCACAUUUUCAGAAGCCUCUUUCCAUUGACUGAUUUUUAUGAUAGCUGACUGCAGCUGGCAUGGUUACUUUACUGCAUACCUGGUCCAGUAAAUACCAAGACACUUCAAUCAACACAGCAAGUGCAUUUUUAAUGACAAGGUUAUGUGAUGCGGUGGGACCGCUGUAUUUCUAUGUAACCUCAAAUGUCUGUUUGAUUUUUGCCUAAAAUAAAUGUUUUUAAAUAAA